AUGAUAGUAAUGGAUUCAUUAGAAGAAGAACAAUGUUUACAUCAAUGUGAAAAUUACAUUCAAAGUCAUAAUAUACAAGUGUUAUUAAAAAAUUGCAUAGUUCAGCUAUGCCUUAAUAGGCCUGAUGACCCAGUGAUAUUUCUUCGACAAUAUUUUCAAAAAUUAGAAAGAGAACAAGUAAAAGCAGCUGCAGCAGCUGCUGCUACGUCAGAAGGAGAUGCUGAUGGUGAACUGUCACCACUUCCAGUGUUAGGUGGUCAAUUACCACGCCGCCGUGGAGGCAUUAGUGCUGAACCUGUUACAGAAGAAGAUGCAACUAGCUAUGUUAAAAAGGUGGUGCCAAAGGACUAUAAGACUAUGGGUGCAUUGUCCAGAGCAAUAGCAUCAAAUGUACUAUUUACUCAUUUGGAUGAGUCUGAGAGAGCUGACAUGUUCGAUGCCAUGUUUCCAGUACAGUGUCUUGUUGAUGAAACUGUUAUUCAACAAGGCGACGAGGGUGAUAAUUUUUAUAUCAUUGACUCUGGUGAAGUUGAGGUAUUAGUAAAUGGUGAAAUGGUUACUACAAUAGGAGAAGGAGGUAGUUUCGGUGAACUGGCCCUUAUAUAUGGCACACCACGAGCAGCGACAGUACGUGCGCGUACUCCUCUUAAGCUAUGGGGUCUCGACCGCGAUUCCUACAGGAGAAUAUUAAUGGGCUCCACAAUAAGAAAACGACGGAUGUACGACGAAUUUUUAUCCCGUGUUUCUAUACUAGAAAGUCUGGAGAAAUGGGAACGACUUACAGUAGCCGAUGCAUUGGAACCAGUUUCCUUUAACGAUGGGGAAAUUAUUGUGCGACAAGGCGAGCCCGGGAAUGACUUCUAUAUUAUUGUCGAAGGAACCGCUGUAGUGCUCCAACAGCGAGGUGGUGAAGCAGAAGGAGCACCAGUAGAAGUGGGCAGGCUGGGACCUUCCGACUACUUCGGCGAGAUCGCACUGCUAUUGGAUAGGCCACGCGCUGCUACUGUUCGCGCUGACGGUCCUCUUAAGUGCGUCAAAUUGGACCGAGCGAGGUUUGAACGUGUACUCGGCCUGUGUGCAGAUAUACUUAAAAGAAAUAUUGCCCAAUACAACAGUUUUGUUUCGCUGUCUGUAUGA